GUCGCAUCUGUGUAUGUUUGAAUUGAAACUCUUAAGUGUUUAUUCAAAUUUAAGCAAUCAUUUGCUGUUGCGAUAUUUUGAUCGACUAUGCAAUAAAGAAAUUGAGAAAGAUCCAACACAAUGCUUUUCAAAUACACCCUGAUAUUAGUUAUCUGCAUAAUCCUGAUUGACCCAUCUGAUGCAAAGAAGGAGAAGAAGAAGUCUAAGAAGAAGGAGAAGAGGAAGACGAAGACAAAGGAAAAGCGCAGCGUAACGGAUGUCGAGCCGCCGAAACUAGGCUGUAAGGCUCAGUUCUCAGUAGUGUGUCCAGUUGACAUGACGGCGGCCGACGUAGCGAUAGCGGGUGGAACUGCCCGCACGGGGACUGUAGUGGCUGCAUUUGCAGCUGCUGGAGUUGCUGUGCGAAAGAACGCGUGCAAAGUAGAGGAGAAAAACACUUGCAAACGUAUUGUCAACAAUAAUGAAAAUUUAGUGCCGUUUUCUGACGAUAUAAGCGAUUAUGACGUCAACGGGGACAAACGCGUGAACUACGAAGAGUUUGUGUUCGCAGUUACGAGGACGGUCAACCUGGCCGAGCCAACGGAGCUGCGCAGACCUUUCACGUUUGCUGAUGUCAAUGGUGACGGUGAAUUGGACACACAGGAGUUUAUUGCUGCCCCGUUCUUGUUUGCGCAUGUCGAGCAUUCAAAAUCAACAAACACAAUGAGCACCAUCAUCCGAGAAUAGAGGAAUUUAGCCGACUUGGCAUAAUAUGUAUAUAAUAUAUGUAUAAUAUUUACGUUCAGAAAUGUAAUGUCUCCUAACAGUAAUUGUAUUUUCUAAAAUAAUCAUGACUUUCUAAUUGAUCGAUAUGCAAGUGACGUUUUAUGUAUUGUUUAUACGAUUCACAGCCUAAUGGUUAAGGCAUUUUCGCUUGAUUUAAUCGAAUAUAUGUAUGCUACACCGGCAAUUACUUUCAAUUAUUUACCUUAGCAAUUUUUAUCUUUGCAUUUAUUUAAUAAAGAAAACAAUGUAUUCCUUGCAAUAUUUUAAUGUCUAUUGAAUUUUGUAAAUGUGUAUUGUUCAUACCAUUUUUUGAAAACUUAAUACUAAAUCCACAAAUGUGUUUGAUAAGGAUUUAAGAGUUUUACUUAAAUUUCUUCCUUGUCCAUAAAUGGCUUUUUCUUACAUCGAUGAGAAUUUAAUAUCAUCUUCUUAUUUAUUUCUGAUUAUCAUGCCAUCUUUAUCGCAAUGUUUGUGUUGACCCACGUUGGCAACCGUUGUCCUCGAGAUGGGUCAUUGUUAGAGAUUGGUAUAUAAACCCCUUCUUUAACUCGUACAUAUAUAACAACACAUAUUACCAUACUAUUCUGGAAUAGAUGUCCACGAUCUCGUCCCCUGGGUGGAGGCUUCAUCGGGGGAAGCCGUGGUCGAAAUAAAACUUAUUUUGAAAAAAAUAUUUAAGGGGUUUAUUGACAACAUAUAUUUUAUGGAAACAAAUUAAAAACUGUAAAACUAAAUACUGUUUAAAAUAUUAUUAUUGCGUUAUCUAUCAUGCCAUCAUGCUAUAAACAAC